AUGGAAGGGUUAUAUUUCAAUAUCAACAACGGAUACCUUGAAGGUGUUGUUCGUGGAUACAAGAGUGGAUUACUCACCACCAACCAAUAUGUCAAUUUAACUCAAUGUGACAAUUUAGAGGAUUUAAAAUUACAAUUAAGUUCCACCGAUUAUGGGAAUUUCAUGGCUAACUACUCCGGCCCAUUGAGUACCAGUGUACUUCAGGAUAACUUAAGUAAGAAGUUGUUCCAACAAUUCCAAUAUGUCAAGUCACAAUCUAGUGGUAAAUUGACCAAGUUCAUGAACUAUAUUAACUACGGAUACAUGAUUGAUAAUGUGAUUUUAAUGAUUACCGGGACUUUACACGAAAGGGAUAAACUGGAAAUUUUGAGAAAGUGUAACCCAUUAGGUUGGUUUGACACUUUACCUACUUUGUCCAUUGCUACCGAUAUUGAAAGUUUGUAUUCUACCGUAUUGAUUGAUACUCCAUUGGCACCAUUCUUCAAGAAUUGUGUUAGUGCUGAUGACUUGGAUGAUUUAAACAUUGAAAUUAUUAGAAAUAAGUUGUACAAGAACUACUUGGAAUCAUUUGUUGAGUUUGUCACAAGUGAAUUUGACGGACCUGAUCAAGAAAUCAUGAUUAGAUUGUUGACUUUGGAAGCAGAUAAGAGAGUUAUAAACAUCACUUUGAACUCUUUGAACAACAGCGACUUGUCUAGCGAAGACAAGCUCAGUUUGUUCCCAAGCUACGGUAAGCUCUAUCCAACUUAUCACUUGCAAUUAUCUCAGGCUGAAGAUAUUGAACAAUUAAAAUCAAUUGUGGAAUACAUUGGUGAUUACAAGGACAUUUUUAACGAAAGUGGAGAUGCUUCCGGAUUGAGAGGAUUGGGUGAUUGGUUUUACUUGUUGGAAAUGCAAUUUUGUAGAAAUGCAUUCACUCAACAAUUCACAUUAUCGACAGUUUACGCAUGGUUGAAAUCAAAGGAACAGGAAAUUAGAAAUAUCACUUGGAUUGCUGAAUGUAUUGCCCAAAACCAAAAGAAUAGAAUUGACAGUUAUAUUUCAGUGUAUUAG